AUGGUCUCUCUCUCUCAAUUAUUGGCAAUUGUACUGCUCGCAAGUUCCGUCGUGCUGGCGCAUCCAGGCCACAAUGCGGCAGACGAGGCUGCGGAACGUGCAGAGUUCUUCAAGCGCAAUCCUACAACCCUUCGCACAUGUACCGAGAAGUUGCGAGCACAAGGGCACGAAUCGGCCAACACUGCUCGUCGUCAUGCCCUAGCUAACGAGCUACGGGCUAAGCGAGGUCUCACAGCUAAGCCGCUCAUCCAUCGCCGCGACUUCAGUUCCUACAAUUUCACGCACCUUGCGGACAACGCUGCAAUCUCAGACAGUGUCGAUCAAAUUGUUCUUUUCGCCGACAACUCCUCCUGUACCCUUCAGACCGAAGUCACUGAAGGGCCCUACUACGUCAAAGGGGAGUUGAUCCGUCCUAAUCUGGUCGAGGAUCAGGAAGGUGUUCCUUUAACCUUGGACAUUCAGAUCAUUGAUACGUCAACUUGCGAGCCAGUUCCCGCCCUGUACAUGGAUAUUUGGCAUUGCAAUUCCACCGGCGUGUAUAGUGGAGUGGUCGCGAACGGAAACGGAAAUAACAACGAUGCUUCCAACCUUAACAAUACCGCUUUGAGAGGCAUUCAACAGACGAACUCUAACGGAAUCGUCCAGUUUGAGACACUCUUUCCAGGACACUACGCUGGCCGAGCCACCCACAUUCAUGUCCUCACUCAUAAUCCGAAUUCGACCACGAUACGUGUGAACGAUACGCUCUUAAGCGCGAAUGCUUCCGCCAAUGUUCACGCGUCCCACGUCGGCCAACUUUUCUUCGAUCAAGAUCUCAUCUCCCAAGUUGAAGCCACGCCUCCAUAUAAUACGAACACUCAAGAGACAACCUUGAACAGUGACGAUUCAAUUCUGGCACAAGAAGCGGACACGACAGACCCAUUCGUUGAGUACGUGCUCUUAGGAGACACUGUCGAGGAUGGCAUCUUGGCCUGGAUAAGCAUUGGCAUUGAUCCAACCGAAGAUAAGGAAGUCAGUAAUGCAGCCACCUACUACAGUGAUGGAGGAGUGACCAACGACAAUGCCCAGGAGGGAGUGGGUGGUGUGCCACCAAACGGUACGGCUAUUGGGUCUGGUGUGCCGCCCAGCGGCACCGCGCCAGCAAAUGGUCGCUAG